CUCGAUCCUCUCAAAAAUGCCACCCCCCGACAUCCGGUCAAAAGCCGCCAUCCUCUCCGCAGCGGGGGUUUUUGGCGACGUAAAAAGCGUGGCCAGUGGGCUGAUAGCCGGCUGCAUGAGUGAUUGGGCGUCGGUCUGAUCAUCUUCAAAGUCGUCAUCGUCCUCCGCGCCAUCCGAAGAAGAAGAAGCGGGUCCUCCAUUCUGUUCAUGCGCCGGUGGUGGCGGGAAUUCCGUCACGACUGGCGGAAGAGUCAUCCGAGCCAUAUCUGUCUCCAAAGAUGCCGAAACCGGUGGUGCUGCUGCCAUGGCAGUCAUUGUGCGAGUGGAAAGUGUGGUGAGAGAUGCCUCAGCAUAAGAGGGGACUUCAGGCUCGACAUCAACAAGGCUGCGUGCGCCUUUUGCUUGGCAGGGGGCUGUUAGUCCAGGUUGGGAUAAAAAUAAACAAUGGGAACUAUUGGAUAGAAGCUGGUGCCUAUCGAUGAGAGAUGGGGAUGAACUGCCAAUGUCAGAGACAAAUCAAUCCAGGAGAGGAAAAGAGGUGAGCAAAAAAAAAAGUGUCGAGGUUUAUGAUGGAAGAAAAGAGAGAAAAGGAAAAAGCCGUCCCCUACAGUAUCCAGUUUCGAAGACAGUGUUAUUUAGGGUUGAGUGAUAUGGUAAGCUGAGAGGCUGAAUGCGGCUAGGUAAAUGGCUCGGAUUGAAAGGAUCAGAUCGAUCCCCGUGGUUUUGGCCGGGCCAUUGGGUCUUUGUCUCGAUUUCUAAAACAUUGCAGCAGCAGCAACCAUGGGUUCCAUGAGCGGAAGCGAACAUUCAAAUGUGUUUCCUCCCUAGUCCCCAUAAUCGCGGCGGUGCAAAAAACCCAAUCAGGCAGGACCCCGUUGUCUGAUACUACCCGUAUUUUUGAUGCCUAACACUUGACAACUUCUUUCCUUUUUGCCCAUCAUUUCGUCAGUGCUAUUUUCAGAAUCUUUUGAUUGAUGAAUGCUUCUUUCCCCCCUCGUCCGAGUUGUGCUGUUGCUUCUUUGCAAUUUGACGUCAUGGCGCUAACCCCCCCGCCCGCGCUGGGACUCUGCCGGACCCGCGCCUCCUCCGAGCCCGGUGUAAGGCCGCACGGCACUAACCCCGGAGUGUUUUGUUGGUCUCAAGUAGCAGAUUCCGAUGCCAACAGCGUCGAGGCUGAGCCAGCAAUCGCCGAUGAUACCUCCAGUCAAAGUUCCACGACGGCCCUGUCGUGUCGUAAGCCUGCAGAUGUGAUCAACCAGGAAGGAAUUGGUGGUGGGGGUUGGAAAGUCAUGCGAGAAUACGCGGAGCCUUGCCUUGGCACCAGUGGUACAUCGUGA